AUGGUGCCCCGGGUGAGGAACGCGCUCGUCCUCCCAAAACUCACCUCGCGUCUCCCAUCGGAUAGAUUUGGCGAUCUAGAUUUGCGACAAUUUGAGGGUCUUGCGCUGGUGGAUCCGGACUUUUCGGUUUCCCAAGAUGUAGACGUGAUUUUGGGUGCUGAUGUUUAUGGCCAGUUGCUCCGUCCCGGCUUGAAACGGUUCCCUACCUCACAACUUGUCGCUCAAAGUACGGCUUUUGGUUGGGUGAUUUCCGGUAUGGUGCGGUCCGACAAACGGCGGGCGGACAGGGCUCACUCUUCCUUGCCAACACGGGCACUUCAUUGCUUGGGUGAGCCGGAUUUGGAGCGGGCCCUGCGGCGCUUUUGGUCUCUCGAGGAGAUUGCUCCGAAUUCGGGUGGAUUGACGCCCGAGGACGAGAUGGCUGAGCAUUUGUUCGGGGAGGCUCAUAGUCGCGAAUCGCGAGGUCGGUGCGGGGUCCGGCUUCCUGUGGGACCGGAGCAUCCUAGGGUGGCUAACGAGACUGGAUCAAUGGCGCUUAAAUCUCUCUCUGGUAUGCAACGUCGACUGUCGCGAGACGCUAGAUUGGCUGAGGCAUACGGUAGCUUCAUGAGGGACUACGAACGCCUGGGACAUAUGACUCGAGUCCCGGCCUCAGAAAUACGGUGCGAGGAAGCGUGGUACCUUCCACAUCACGCAGUGAUUCAGGCUUCAGGUGACAAAUGGAAACUUCGCGUUGUGUUUGAUGCCUCUCGGAAAACUCGCGAAGGGCACUGUCUGAAUAACUUUUUGUGGUCAGGACCCCCCCCUCCAGAGCGAUCUGUCAUUGAUCCUCUUAAAUUGGCGAAAAUACCGUUUUGCGUUUAUCGCGGACAUGGUGAGGGUGUUCCGGCGGGCUCUGGUUGGGCGCGAGGACCGGGAUCUGCAGAGGGUUGUGUGGGCGACGACCGCUGA